CGGCUCUCAGGCUGGCGCGCUCCGUGCUGCUGGCGCUUUGAGGUGGUCGCCAGGGGUCGGGGGGACGAUUUCCCCGCCGCGGGGGCCCUAGAGGAUGAAUCGAGGGCUCUGCUAAGGUUAGGCGGUGGGGGUGGAGAGAGUGGCAGCAAGGGCUGCGGUGGAGUCCACGGAGCGGGAUGUGCGAGAGUUACUCCAGGUCGUUGUUGAGGGUCUCGGUGGCGCAGAUCUGCCAGGCGCUGGGCUGGGACUCGGUGCAGCUCAGCGCCUGCCACCUCCUCACGGACGUGCUGCAGCGCUAUCUGCAGCAGUUGGGACGGGGCUGCCAUCGGUACUCUGAGCUGUAUGGCCGAACAGACCCAAUUUUGGAUGAUGUUGGUGAAGCUUUCCAGCUUAUGGGGGUUAGCCUUCAUGAACUAGAAGACUAUAUUCACAAUAUUGAACCUGUGACUUUCCCACAUCAAAUUCCUUCAUUUCCUGUUAGUAAGAACAAUGUCCUCCAAUUUCCUCAACCUGGAAGUAAAGAUGCAGAGGAAAGAAAAGAGUACAUUCCCGAUUACAUGCCACCCAUUGUGUCUUCACAAGAAGAAGAAGAAGAAGAGCAGGUGCCCACUGAUGGUGGUACGUCUGCAGAAGCCAUGCAAGUUCCACUGGAAGAAGAUGAUGAACUGGAGGAGGAGGAAAUUAUUAAUGAUGAGAAUUUCUUGGGUAAGAGACCAUUGGAUAGUCCCGAAGCUGAAGAAAUGCCUGCCAUCAAGCGACCACGGCUAUUAAGCACUAAAGGGGACACCCUGGACGUAGUGGUAUUGGAAGCGCGAGAACCCCUCAGCUCAAUAAAUACCCAAAAGAUUCCGCCAAUGCUCUCUCCGGUCCACGUACAGGACAGUACAGACCUGGCCCCUCCAUCACCCGAGCCACCGAUGUUAGCUCCAGUUGCAAAGUCACAAAUGCCAAUCACAAAACCAUUAGAAACAAAGUCAUUUACACCGAAAACAAAGACUAAAACUAGUUCUCCGGGGCAGAAGACUAAAUCACCUAAAACUACUCAGUCACCAGCAAUGGUCGGAAGUCCUAUUCGGUCACCAAAAACUUUAUCCAAAGAGAAGAAAUCUCCUGGACGCUCUAAGAGCCCCAAAAGCCCCAAGAGUCCCAAGGUGAUGACUCAUAUUCCCCAAGCACCUGUCAGACCGGAAACACCAAAUAGGACUCCUUCAGCUAUGAUAAGUGAAAAACUUAGUAAAGAGACCAUUCAGGUAAAACAGAUACAGACCCCGCCAGAUCCUGGGAAACUCAACAGUGAGAAUCAGCCAAAGAAGGCUGUCGUGACGGAUAAAACGAUCGAUGACUCUAUCAAUGCCGUGAUUGCACGGGCUUGCGCCGAACGAGAGCCAGACCCUUUCGAGUUUUCUUCUGGAUCGGAAUCCGAAGGAGACAUUUUUACCAGCCCUAAGAGGAUUUCAGGUUCAGAAUGCACUACUCCAAAAGCUUCCACCUCCUCCAACAAUUUCACUAAGUCAGGGUCCACUCCUCUGCCUCUUUCAGGCGGAACUUCAAGUUCUGACAAUUCGUGGACAAUGGAUGCAUCCAUUGAUGAGGUUGUGCGGAAAGCAAAACUGGGAGCCCCUCCAACUAUGCCUCCCAGCUUUCCCUACAUCUCUUCUCCUUCGGUCUCUCCUCCCACCCCUGAACCUCUGCACAAGGUGUAUGAGGAGAAAACCAAGCUGCCUUCAUCUGUGGAAGUCAAAAAGAAGUUGAAAAAGGAACUGAAGACCAAAAUGAAGAAGAAGGAGAAGCAGAGAGAUAAGGAGAGGGAAAGAGACAAAAGCAAGGAGAAGAGUAAAGAGAAGGACAAAGGAAAAGAGAAAGAGAAAGAGAAGGAGAGCAGCAAGGAAACCAAGUACCCCUGGAAGGAAUUCCUUAAAGAUGAAGAGCCAGAUCCCUAUAAGUUUAAAAUAAAAGAAUUUGAGGAUGUCGAUCCAAAAGUGAGAUUGAAAGAUGGAAUAAUGAGGAAGGAGAGAGAGAAGCAUAAAGAUAAGAAGAAAGACAGAGACCGAGGCAGAAGGGAUAAAGAUAAGAGAGACCGGGAGAAGGUUAAAGAGAAGGGGCGGGAGGAGAGGCCCAGAGCGGCCCCUGGGCCCCUGGUGCUGCCCCCAAAGGACGCGCCGCUGCCCUUGUUCAGCCCCGUGGCGUCCGCCAGGGUCCCUGCCGUGUUGCCCGCUCUGUCGUCGGUGCUCCCUGAAAAACUGUUUGAAGAAAAAGAGAAGCCCAAGGAGAAAGAAAGGAAAAAGGACAAAAAGGAGAAGAAGAAAAAGAAGGAGAAAGAGAAGGAGAAGGAGAAGAAAGACAAGGAAAGGGAGAGAGAAAAGAGGGAGAGAGAGAAGAGAGAAAAAGAAAAGGACAAGCACAGGCAUGAAAAAAUCAAAGUGGAGCCAGUUGUCCCAGCCCCAAGUCCGGUUAUUCCCCGAUUGACUCUCAGAGUUGGUGCUGGCCAAGACAAGAUCGUUAUCAGCAAAGUGGUCCCAGCCCCGGAAGCUAAGCCGGCCCCUUCUCUGAGUAGACCGAAGACCCCACCGCCUGCCUCAGUCCCUGCCCCUGUCCCCGUGCAUGUCACCCCCGCCCCGGUGCCUUCGCCGCUCCUCACGCAAUCCACCGCGGCCCCGGCUUUGAUGCCGGCCCCGUCCCCAGCCAUCUCUGGAGCCGGCACGUCCAAAGCCCCGGUCCGAAGUGUGGUCACGGAGACCGUCAGCACUUACGUGAUCCGAGAUGAGUGGGGGAAUCAGAUCUGGAUCUGUCCCGGAUGCAACAAGCCCGACGACGGGAGUCCCAUGAUCGGUUGUGAUGACUGUGACGACUGGUAUCACUGGCCCUGUGUUGGAAUAAUGGCUGCACCACCGGAAGAAAUGCAGUGGUUCUGUCCCAAGUGUGCCAACAAGAAGAAGGAUAAAAAGCACAAAAAGCGAAAGCACCGGGCCCACUGACGUGUCAGGUGGCAUGGACGAGUGGCAUCGCCUUGGAGGGGAGUUGGGGCAGUCCUGGCAUCCCGUCUACCACCCACAUUCCCACAGAGAGCGGAUCUCGGAAGCCCAAGGACAAGAAUGCACUGUCCACUCUGGAUUUGGCCCCCGUGACAGACUGGCCUGGGCCCACAUGGCCGUGUGACUGAAGACAGACUCAAGUCGAGGCGUGGCUCAGGACCGCCACGUCCCCGCUUUUCUAUGACCAGUGACAAGUAUUAUUAAUAAAAAGACUGUAAUCUUCCCUGCUGAUUUUCUUUAUUCUCUCCAGGGCCUUUUUGCUAAGGUAUUAGAUGAGAAGACAAUGUGUCAGCCGCCUCGACUGUAACUCCUGGACGCCAU